AUGGCUCAUCCUCUUCUUCUUCUUCUUCUUCUUCUUCUUUCUCUUCCUCUAUUUCUUUUUAAAAUCCUCCUCCUCCUCCUUCUUCUUUUUCUUCUUCUUCCUAAAUUUAAUAUUUACGUUAUUUUCUUUCCUUCUUCUCUUUCUUUAAAUUUCUUCUUCUCCUUUUCUUCUUCUUCUUCUUCAUCUUCUUUUCUCUUCUUCUUCUUUCUUUCUUUAGAAUUCACCACAAUUAUUUCCUUCUCCUCCUUCUUCUUCUUUGAAAAAUUCUCAAAUUUUUCUUUUUCUAAGUAUUUAAUUUAUCUAAAAAUCCUCUUCUUCUUCUUCUUCUUCUUUCUCUUCUUCUUUUCUUUUUUUUUCUUCUUGUUCUUCCCUUUUCCUUUUCCCUCCUCCUCCUUUUUUCUCUUUUCUUUCCCUUUCGUUCUUCUUUUCAUUUCUCACUUUCUUUUCUUAAUAAAAUAUCUUUCUUUCCUUCUUCUUCUUCUUCUUCUUCUUUCUUCUUCUUCUUCUUCUUCUUCUUCUUCUUCCCAACUCCUCCAUUUCUUCUUCUUCUCUCCCUUUCCCUUUUUUUUUCCUCCAUUUUCUUUCUUCUUUUUAAAUCUUCUUUUUCUUCAUCUUCUUCUUCUUCUUCUUCUUCUUCUUCUUUUUUAA